AUGGCCCCCACCGUACUACACCUCCGCAGCGAGACCAAGGCCCUCGAGCACCGCUCGGCCCUGACGCCGACGACGACUGCGGCCCUGAUCAAGGCCGGUUACGUUGUCAAUGUUGAGCGCUCGCCCGUGAGGAUAUUCGACGAUGCUGAGUUUGAGGCGGCCGGUGCCACCUUGGUCCCCGAGUUCAGCUGGGUUGAUGCUCCCAAGGAGCACAUCAUUGUCGGCCUGAAGGAGCUGGAGGAGAAGGACUUCCCUCUUAAGCAUGUGCAUGUUCAGUUUGCCCACUGCUACAAGCAGCAGGCUGGGUGGGACACAGUUCUCGCCAGGUUCCCCAGGGGUGGUGGCACCCUCCUUGAUCUCGAAUUUCUUGUUGAUGAGCGUGGCCGCCGUGUUGCCGCCUUUGGCUUCCACGCCGGUUUCGCCGGUGCUGCCCUCGCCCUAGAGGUUUGGGCCUGGCAGCAACAGCAUAGCGAGCCCUUCCCCGGCGUUGAGAGCUACCCCAACGAGGACGCCCUCGUGACCAACGUCAAGAAGGCGCUUGCCGACGGCGAGAAGAAGGCCGGCCGUCUGCCCCGCGUCAUUGUCAUCGGCGCCCUCGGCCGCUGCGGUUCGGGAGCCGUUGAUGCCCUGCGCAAGGCCGGCCUGCCUGAGGAGAACAUCCUCAAGUGGGAUAUGGCGGAGACUGCCAAGGGGGGACCCUUCAAGGAGAUUACCGACAGCGACAUCUUUGUGAACUGCAUUUACCUCACCAGCAAGAUCCCCAACUUCGUCAACAAGGAAUCCCUCCAGGUCGCCGACCGCCAGCUCUCCGUCGUGUGCGACGUCUCCGCUGACACCACCUCCCCCUUUACCCCGGUUCCUAUCUACACCGUCGCAACAACUUUCGACAAGCCCACCGUCCCCGUCGACGGUCUGCAGAGCGGGCCCCCGCUUUCUGUCAUCUCUAUCGACCACCUCCCGUCUCUGCUGCCGCGUGAGGCGUCGGAGGCUUUCAGCCACGACCUCCUCCCAUCGCUUCUCACCCUCAACGACUGGCAGAACUCGGCCGUCUGGGCGAGAGCUGACAAGCUCUUUAAGGACAAGGUCGCCACCCUCCCCGCGAGUGCGUUGAAGAAGUAA